AUGACACCCCCCACCCCUACCAAUUUGAUCUCCAUCAAAGGCGCCGAGGGCAGUGAAGACAGAAAUUCGAAUCCACCGUGGAAGGCUUAUUUUGAGACACGUGGAUAUCGAGAUAUUACAAGACAACCGCGUCUAACUUACCGUCUUCAUCAUCACUGCCAGCAGAGUGGCAUCCGUAACCAGCAGCGACUGGUUCCUGAGCUCCCAAGGUCUCACGCGCUGUCAUAUAUUGCCCUUCUGUCCGGUAUUGCUGAAACGCCAUUCUCUCAGUCGAGCCAAGAUACUGGAAAGUUCGCGAGAGGGUUUCGAGGCUCCGAGACCGCAGAUCCCAUCAUCGAAGAGAAAAACCAGGAAUGCUGCUUUGCUGUUUCCAUGCUGUCUACAAGCCGCUCCAGAGACACAUCCUCAUCCCUUUUGAGCCCCCAUCCCAGUCUACUGCUCCUAGACUGCGGUUCGGACCAUACGCUGGCUUGGGACACCAAAAGUGCCAAGGCAGAGAUAUCUGCUCGCGCACCGGCGUAUCCCUCUCCGCCGAUGUCCGGGUCUCCUUCUCUGCCGCCAAAAGACCCUCGAAAUUUCUAUGACCGAAGUGAAGGCUUUGGCGCGUAUUCCACAACCACCAGCUCGCAAGAUGUUUAUCGAACGAAUUCGGGACAGCAACGACCAGUAGAUCUACGGUUACAACUUCCGCCGCCGCGACGGCCACCACCACAAUACCACCCUCGCAUAUCUGUACAAUACCGGCCAGAAUCAAAUAUGGAACCCCCGUAUGGAUAUCAAGGAUCGGACGGGCGGGCGGCGCAAGCGGCUUUGUAUUCUUCACGCGAGCCGCCUGACCUCAACAAGGGACAACAUCUUCACCAGUAUGGCUCCAUGGUAGUUGGCACCAGUUCUACAAGUCAGCAGUCUGUAGAGAGCGGGCCCAAUUUUACAGAAAAUCAAUCGAUGGGCUCUCCUAAGUCUCAGCGCAAAACCAAAGGUCACGUUGCCUCAGCUUGUGUUCCCUGCAAAAGAGCACAUCUCCGAUGCGAUGCUACGUCAGGAUCACCAGAACCUGUUGCCUAUUUGACUAUGGCCCUCGAAUUUGUUAAAGGGUCUGUAUCGUUCUGGGACGCAGCUGGUUUGCCAAACAUGGCUGGCCGCAACUUAGGGGAUGUAGUCUUACCUGCUGAGCUCGAAAAGGUGUCACAAAUCCAAAGCCAUUUCAAUAAUGAGCAGAAGAGACGGGAGCCAAAUUAUUUACCUCCAAUACUUGGCACCGGCUCUCAGAGUAUCCAGGGACUUGGGUUUACUAUUGAAGACUUCGGGCGGUUUCCGCUGAACUUUCAUGACCAUAUGGCAUUUAGCAAGGUUCAAAUCAAGCAGGACAACAAUACGAAGGGGCAAUGGAGAGGCAACCUUACAGAGGACGAUCAUACCCAAUUACCCAACAAGAAUCCGCUGGGCAAAAUUAUACGAGCCUUCGACAAGGCUUUCAGCUUCCCCCUAUACGAUCUCGAACAGAGCAACCAGCGCUUCGUGAACCAGCAACCUGGACCCGUAACGAACGGUCAAGCCGUGUUGACAUAG